AUGCCUUCCACAACUUCCAAUAUCGUCACCACCACCCUCCUAACCCUCAUCUGCGCCGCCGUCCUCUUCCUCAGCUACCGCCACGCCAUCCGCCCAAUCCUCUCCCGUUACAACAUACCCCUCCAAUCCCUUCCUUCUAUUCUCACAAGCCGUUCUAGAGGUUGGAUGGACUCUUCCUACCAACGUCUCGAUCCCGAUAACAUCUCAUAUGACUCCGAUAACGAAGAUAUCGAUGUAUCUCACGCUAGAAACGGGAGAAGAUUAAGCCGAGAUCUUGAAGAAGGUUUCCGAGAUAGCGAUUCCGACGAAGAAGAGGAAAGGGAUGAGAGGUUGGGUGGGAAUGUUAGGAGGAAUAAUAGCAAUCUGAGGGAGCUACCGCCGACACCUGUGGAUGACGAACCUAGGGACCGGUUUCCCGCCACGAGGAUAUAA